AUGUAUUCCUGUGCAAACUAUCCUCGCGGAUGCCGAGGCCGUGUCAACAGCUUAAAUACAAAGUGCUCUGACUGCGUUGCUCUGAACUUGCGCCGUCCGGCCUUUGCUUCGCCUUUCGCUCAACCACGUGAGUACAAGCGAAUGCUGCCGUCAGAACUCUUCGGGUCUGAAUCUAAGACCCCGCAGCCUGAGCUGUAA